UAGUCGGCUCGGGGAUUAGAACCAGCGACCUUUCGAUUACUGGCACAACGCUCUUAACCACUAAGCUACCUGCCUCGGUUCAGACAUGUUUCUAUCAGAAUAAUACGGCGACAAUGUUAACAACACUUCAAACGUGAGUCAUUAAUUUGGUAUAUCUUGAAAGAAACCGAAAACAACGAAUGUAGCUAGCUAGUCGUAGCCAAAAGGGGCAGCGUCUCAGCUGUUGUUGUAGUGUUCUGCGACUGCGUAGCUAGCGCAACAUAAUGUUGCUCUACUCAUCCUGUGGAAUUCCCCCUUUGUUUGCUGGCUGGCUGUUCACUUUCACUUUUCCUUCCAUAUUUUUCCACCGUUUCGAGAAUGGCGGAGCUACAUAUUCAGGCAAAGCUGGUAAAUAUUUUAAAACAAGAUACUAUUCAGCUCAGGAACCCACCGCACACCACAGAAGACAGCGAGGCAGGACAGCAACCUCUUCAGGUGUCUGAAGUGGCGAGUGCCUUGGAGAGCAUCCGAUCCCAGGCGGGAAAGAGCAAAACGGGGGACAAGACCUACAGAGAGACAUGCGUGGAACUCCUUCUGCCUAAAGACUUGAAAAAGGAUGCCAAGAAGAAUAACUAUUUGGAGACUAAACUGGAUGUCCCUGCACAAGAUAUCAUGGAUAGGAUUACUGAACAAUAUGGACUCAAAUACAUUCAGUUAAUUUUUAGAGGGAAGACACUGACUCCUGAGAAGCGUCUGGAUGAACAGAACGUGAAGAACAACAGUAAGAUUAUGGUUCUGCUGGUGAGCGAGCCGGAGAGGAAGAAACAGAUGGUGGAGUUGGAGGAGAAGAAGAGAACCCAGGACCAGAGUGUCCAGAGAACCCAGAAGGGCUUCCAGAUCCUCUCAGAGAGAGAUGGCACCGAUGACCCAGCCAUGACUCCAUUCCUAGAGAUUGCUGAUCAGAAGGGGAAUCCCCUGAAAAUACCUCACAGUAAGAAAAAGGCUCUGAUUCUAGCCAUGGGGUUCCAUGAGAAAGGCCGUCUGAUGAAGAAGAAACAGUAUGACGCUGCUCUGUGCCACCUGGUGCAAGCUGACGACCAGUUUGGUAAGUGUGGCUCCAAGCUCUUGAGCACAGUGGACAACUAUGCAGUACUGCAGCUGGACAUCGUGUGGUGCUACCAAGCCUUGGAGGCCCUGUUCUGCUUAGAUGACAGCAAGCAGAGGCUGCAGAGGGCCGAGGACUGCUUCCUCAAGUGCUACGGAGACCGGCAGCAGAGGCUCAUGAAGAUCAAGGGAAACACCGGACGAGAGGAAGGGCUGUUCCUCAGGCUGUACCUCCUGCAGAGCAUACUGGCGCACUUGUGUGAUAAUGAGCACCAGGCCACACAGAAGCUAAAGCAGGCUGAGGAUCUGUAUGGGCGUCUGUGUCUGGACCCAGGGAAGAUGAAAGAGCUGAUGGAUCUGGGGUUCUCUGAGCAGGAAGCCCGUCUGGGUCUGAGGGCCUGCCAUGGCAUCGUAAACAAGGCCGCGCAGCAAAUCACCCAUAGGAGACAGGAGAGGGAGGAGAUGAAACGGAAGGAGAGUGAGAAGAGGAGGAGGCGUGUGGAGGACCUGGCUAUUCUCAGAGAGCUGGGUUACUCCAAGAAAGACGCUGCCUGGGCCCUCAAUCAGACAGACGGAGACAUGGACGGAGCCUACAGGAUGCUUCUAGAUUCCACCCAGGCUGAGUCUGCUGCUAGAACCAACAGCAUAGAGCUCCCCAUAGAUCAAUCCAGGGUUGAGCAGGAGGCUGCUGAGGACAACCAGGGGGUCCUGCCCCCAGAGCUGCUCUCCCCCUCUCCCGCCUCCUCACUGUCCGAGGAUCCCAGCACCUCCUCUGUGUCCGCAGGCUCUGGGAGCCAAGGGGAGGCCCCUAUGGACGUGGACCUGGUGAAUGAGGUGCUGGAGGACAUCCCCCUACACGAAGAGGACUACCUGGACCUGACCCUGGAGGAGGAGAGGGAGGUCAUAGCCAAGAUUAAGUCCUACCUCAACAAGAACUGUGCCUCCUCCAGCUAAAGUACUGUCCAGCCAGCAGCCAUUUUGAAAGCACUUUCACCACCUCCUAUUCCACAGGUGUUUGUUUUGAGUCUUUUUAGACCCUAAAUUAGUAGGUUUGUGAGUAGGUUUGUUUUUGUUUCUCCUCCACAAGCAAUAUAUCUAAAAUUGUAUCUUCUGUUUUUGUACUAAAGUGUUAUUGAGUUUAAUAACAUAAACAUUUGAAACUGGUUGAAUAUAAUUUAUGGAAGUAAACUGACAUGGAUCAAAGACAAGAAAAUUAAGUAAAUUAAGAUAGAGCUAUGAACAAAAUGUUUAUCUACUAUAUGGUUUAUAGGUAAAGAGAGGACACAAGUUUCAUUAAAGGUUCAUGUUUGUGAUUUCAACCCAGAAUUUAGAAGUUGAGACUGAGUCUUCUAAUUGUAUGGUAAAGGGAUUUUUGGUUGCUUCUGUAAAAGAUGGUUCUAUGUUUCUCCAUCUCAAAUACUUUUGUUUAUGCUCUGUCUUAUGUUUGAAAUCCCUUUUGAAGAAAUUAAAUGUUAUGUUUCGAAUAAAUGUGUGUGUUUGUAAAAAAAUAUAAUGGCUUUUGAUUUCCAAAAUGACAAUACAUGACUGCACUUAGUGCCAUAUAGUUCAGGUUGUCCUUGUUUCAAAGUCAUUUGAAUUGAAUUGGAUAAAGCCUGUUAUUACAAACAAUAAAUACUCAUUUGGUUUA